GAUCCACCACGGUGGGGGUGUGCGGCGCAAGGUGAAUGUAGAGUAGAAUCGCGGCAUUACGUGCCACCGAGUAACGGAGCGAACGCGGAAUAGAGCGUAUCGCGUGUCCCCGGCUGUGUUUCGCGUCUCUUCCUCGGCGGCGAGCCGCCGAAACGCGAGGAAGGAAAAGCAGUCGCGUGUCGGCCAGCGGACAGAUCGGUCCGGAGCGCAACUCAUCUCAACGUGUAUAUACAUGUACUUGACAUACUGCUCGCCCGGAUGAUGUUGAUGAUGAUGAUGAUGAUGAUCGAUGACUGAAAACGCUCGCGGAGGCAAUCGCCGGACACACGGACCCUCGACUCGCGAAAUUCGGUGGAACGUCAUACACGGACUCGUCGCCGGCGAAAUCAAUGUACGAGAUGUAAAGUAGCGCGCCUGAGAGGGAUCGAUCGAUCGGGGACUCGUCGAGUAUGUUGACCUGGUAGCGGGUGCUCUUCGAUCGACGGGGAAAAUCGCUUUCGAGGAAUUCAACGGUUUGACGUUUGUGGCUCAGCUGUUAUCCCCAAUUCGUUUCUCCGUCCUCGUCUUCGUCCUUCAGAGUGGUGUGAAUCUAGUGAAUGGACUUUAUGAGUGAUCGUCGCCAACUCGACAGUCGAGAGACACGAAUGGUCUGCGACGAGGCGUCGUAUUCUGAUGGAUCGCACGUGAUCGUCUGAGAUCGGCGCGGAAAAGAAAAGGGAUCCUGGGAUUUCGAGAAGAAACUAACUCUACCGAGAAUGCCGAGGGAGAAUAUGUGGCGGCAGAGAAGAGUACCCGUUCCCAAGAGGACAAUCGAGUUGAUCGCUUUGGUGGCGAUUUCCAGUACGUUGUUCCUUUUUCUACACACAAGAGAUCUGCAUUCGCGUCUGAAAAAGAUGGAAGUGCGUCUUCAACCGGGGGAAGACGACGUACUUUCGGCAAAUCAACUCUCAUCUGAAGGCGUUCAGACAGAUUCCAAUCCAAGCCAAGGAAUCAUUCAUUAUUCGAGUGUGCAGCGUACUGUUACGGGGAAGUAUGAGGAGACACUUGACAUCGAGGCCCUCAACAAUACGAGAAGGGCCGACCGGCAGGUCUUGUUCUUCAAUCGCGUGCCAAAAGUCGGCUCGCAGACCUUCAUGGAGCUGCUUAGGAGGCUGUCGAUCAGGAACGCGUUUUCGUUCAACAGGGACCGCGUGCAGCGAGUCGAGACUAUACGUCUCGCGCCGAUCGAACAGCUCCAUCUUGCUAGGAUGGUCAGCAGCUAUUCGGAGCCGUCUGUCUACGUAAAGCACGUCUGCUUUACUAACUUCACAGAGUUUCAUCUACCAGAGCCGAUUUACAUCAACAUAGUACGCGAUCCCGUCGAGAGGGUCAUAUCCUGGUAUUAUUAUGUAAGAGCGCCGUGGUAUUACGUGGAGAGGAAACAGAUCUUCCCGGAUCUGCCGCUGCCCGAUCCCAAUUGGCUUAAGAAGGACUUCGAGUCUUGCGUUCUUAAAGGCGAUCGGGAGUGCAGAUAUCUGGAGGGCGAAGUCCACGAAGGUAUCGGCGAUCAUCGCAGGCAAACGCUCUUCUUUUGCGGACACAGCGAGAAGUGCACUCCUUUCAACACCGUGGGUGCCCUGGAGCGAGCGAAGCUGGCGGUAGAGAAGCACUAUGCGGUAGUUGGCGUCUUGGAGGACAUGAACACGACUCUCACGGUGCUGGAAAACUACAUACCACGAUUUUUCCAGGGAGCUACUAAUGUUUACUACGAUCAAGUGAAUUCGUUCACGAGGAUCAAUCGGAAUUUCUUCAAACCGCCAGUCAGCGAGGAAGUAAAAAACCUGGUGCGCAGCAACUUCACUCGCGAGGUCGAAUUUUAUCAGUUUUGCAAGCAACGUCUUUACAGACAAUAUAGCGCUCUCAAGUUGCAGACCAACGUUUUGUGAUCGACGAAUAACAAUUCCUAAAGAAGAUUAUCCUCCGUCCAUUGGUGUGUGCGAGUGUACUUAUUAAAAGAUAGACGCACGAAAAGCAUUACGAAAAAGGACGUAUAGUUCAAUAUAAGUGUAUUAAUUAGAGUGUUAGUGAUUCGCUAAAAAUUUACAAAACAAAUACGAUAGUUAGUCUGGAAGGAUAUUAAUCUAUAAGAACUUUAUUGCAUAACGGACAGUACAGAGACAAUAUUAUUUGUAAAAAAGAAAGACUGUAAUAAUUUUCGAAUUAAUUCGGAUUUAGGAUUAUCGAAAAUUUGCGGAAAACACUGUGUUUUUAAUUAAAUUAUUGCGAUAUUAUCAAAAUCGCAAUGUUAAAGGUUAUUACGAACUAAAAUAAAAAGUUUAGGAUGUUAUCGAAGAUUGAAUUAUAACUAUUCCACAAAGUUAAAAACAAAAAGAGAAUAUAUAUAUUUGUCUACUCCGAUUUACUUAGCGAUUACCAUUAGUUUGCCCUUACAAUUUUGACGAACUUGCGCUGGAAAAGAACAGAAUUUUAUGACUUAAGGAGAAACGAAACGUCCUUGAGAACUCUGUGGUUUUCGUCUUGUUCUAUCGACAAAAUGUAAGGUUAGAGAAACUAUAAAUCUAUUGUGCAACCGGAAAGUCGCCCUUUACGCACAU